UUUUUAAGAUUUACUUGAAGAAUGACCUGAAACUUUUUGCUAGCUCACUCAUGUCUUUUUUGAAUGUUUUUUUUUCUAUGCAAUUAUUUUUGUUUUCAUGUGAACAGUGUACCUUUGUAAAGUGCUAUUUUUGUUUAUAAAAAAAAUAAAUCUGGGAAAAAAAUAAAUAAAUAAAAAAUCAACAGCACUGACGUAAUUACGCUACAGCUGCGGCACCGGUGACGCGCUCAUUAACAACAUUCUCAGUCCAAUCACGGAUCUAUGAGUCCACUCCGUCUUCAAGUCAAUUUUUUAAAACUCUAAACUUCCCCGUACACGUGUCUAUAUUACAUUUGACACGGGCCAGUUGUGCUUUAGUCAUGUUCAAGCAAUUAGGUGCGGUAAAAUGUAAGUUAACGCUAGCAUUCAGCAGCAGCUAGCGUUAGCGGGUGAGGCCAAAGGUGUGAAGAUGGAGGCAGUCACGGUGGUGCUCCUGCCCCUGCUCCUCUGCUCUCUCCCUGGGCACAGUGGAGCUCAGGCUGGGUCCUCUCUCCUGGAUCUAACCCACGGCAUCAGCAGCCUCCUGCCCAGCCUCAGCAGACCGGCCAACCACAGCCGCAUCAGCUACGCCGUGAUGUUUGACGCAGGGAGCACAGGGACGAGAAUACAUGUUUACACCUUUAUACAGAGUGACACAGAUAAGAUGCCUAUUUUGGACAAUGAGAUGUUUCAGUCUAUAAAGCCUGGUUUGUCUGCCUAUGUCGACUCUCCUGAAAUGGCUGGACACACAGUGAGGAUGCUGCUGAAAGUGGCCAAACGAACAGUGCCCCGUGUGGAGUGGAAGAGAACUCCAGUGGUGCUCAGAGCCACAGCGGGACUGAGACUUCUGCCACAACAGAAAGCACACGUUCUUUUAGAACAGGUUCAACAUGUGUUUGACGAGUCUCCUUUCUUGGUCCCAGACAACAGCGUCAGCAUUAUGGAUGGUACAAAUGAAGGAAUCCUGGCGUGGAUAACAAUGAACUUCUUAACAGGUCACUUGUCAUCUCCACAAAAUCAGAAGACCGUAGGAAUCUUAGAUCUGGGAGGGGGGUCCACACAGAUCACUUUUCUGCCAAAACUCCGGAAAACCAUUGAGAGUGUCCCAAGUGCAGAUUACGUUGCCAGAUUUCACAUCUUCAAUUCAUCGUUUGAGUUAUACACACACAGUUACCUUGGAAACGGGCUGAUGGCGGCGAGGCUGGCAGCGUUGGGAGCUCUGAGGGCAAAAGGGUUGGAGUGGCAAGUUUUUAAAAGUUCCUGUUUGCCAAAGAAGUUCAAAGAUGAGUGGAGCUUUGGUGGUCUGACCUAUCAAGUGAGCGGAGAUCCAGAAGGCCUGUCUGGAUACAAGCCCUGUUACCUGGAGGUGCAGAAGGUUGUGAAGGGGGUCAUACACCAGCCCCACGAGCUCCAGGAAUCCAGCCUCUUCUUCGCCUUCUCCUAUUACUUUGACAGAGCAGUAGAUGCAGGACUCAUUGAUGGAGACCAAGGAGGAAGACUGGAGGUCAGAGAUUUCAAGAGAAAAGCAAAAGAGAUCUGUAAUAAGAUGAGCUCGUCCCCUCCAAGUGGUCCUUUCCUCUGUAUGGACCUGACCUACAUCACCGCUCUGCUCAAAGACGGCUUCGGCUUCAAGGAGACCACAGCGCUGCAGUUGACCAAGAAAGUGAGAAACGUGGAGGCAAGUUGGGCUUUGGGCGCCAUUUUGGAUCAUCUCCACAACAUGAAGAAGCUCCACUGACAAAAAGAGACCCUCCCAAACCCUGAAACCUGUGUCUGAGGCUCAACAGUGAACAGAAUCAAGUAAUGUACACUAAAUAUCCACACGGGGAAGGCAAUAAUGACUAAAUACGUGGUUCUCAGUCUGUAGUACAUGGAGUUCUCUCUAGUUCUUUUAUUUAAUUUAUUUAGAAUUUUUAUUUUAUGCAUAUUUUUCCUCCUUUGGGUUAGCCUUUGUUUAGAACUAUUUUACCCUACUUAGUCUAAUUUAAAUGGACUAUGGAACUUUUUUGGUGGAGGGACUGCCUCUUGCUUUUUUCCUUGGAGAUUUUAUUGCAUUGCAUGAAAUAAAUAUGGCAUUCAGUAUGGCUUAUACAUCUAUAUCAACAAGAUAAUUCAAUAUAGAUAAGUUGAAGUUAACAUUCAGGUCAGAUCUGUGGAGAGUUUAAUGUCAUAGAGUGGAACAUCAGGCUAAGCAAUAAUAUCUCCAUGGUGACUAGCAAGUGGCAGACAGUCCAGCAAAAAAAGUUACCUAGUGCAACUUUAAAUCUGGUUAGAUCUGGUGAUAUUCGAGUCAAGAGGUCAAAUAGGUACUUGGUGUGAAAAGUUACAAAAUUCUCUCUUUAAGUCUUGAUAAUUAAACAUUAGUAAGAUGCAGAUUUUUGCAGUUCAUCAGGAAUGUGCUGCUAAAAUGUCCCUGUAAAAGUUCAGUUAUCGCACUAAACAUGAAUGAAGCCAAGAAUGAACCAUAACAGGAACAUGAGAUGACCAUGAAAUAUCACUCUCGAGAUUUGACGUCACUUCCGGGUCUGGCCAGAAACUUCACAGCUGAUUUCAAGCUUUGUUUUUGUUCCAUAUUCAAACAAGAGACAGCUACCUUUCUAAAGUGUACAUUUAACCACAAAUUGUUUACAAUUUCAUCUUUAUUUUAUACAUUUAAAUUUUUCUGAAUCAUCUGAUGGACCCAGAAGUGACAUCGCACUUAACAACUCGAUGUGCAUAUUUAGAAGAUCGUACAGUAAGUUUAUGUUCUCAACCGUUUUUGAAGAGUUUUUUUUUUUUUAAACCGUUCUUAUUCUUGACAAUUGUUAUUUUUGUUCUUUUAAAAACUAUAGUUUAAAAAUUCUCUGGCUAAGACUAUGAAUCGUCCACCUCUAAUAAUAAUGUAAUGUUUUUUAUUCUCACCAGACACUGUUACAUUAUAUUUGUGAUUUUAUAACUGCGGUCUUUCUGGUGCUGUACUCUGGUCUGUUACAUUUUAGCUGAAAAUUGCACAUGACAAAAAUGAAAAUCUACACUGGUUAAUAUCUGAGGAAACUGGUUUUAAGGUAAUACUAUACUGAAUUAAAGGGAAUUAUUAACUUGGUAAUUUAGACUAAAAUAUAUUUGGCUGUGGAAAUUCUAAGCUUCAUAGGAUUCAUUAUUUAAACAUUCAAACUAACUCUUCAUUGACCAAAACUCAAAUUCAAUCAGUUGUACCAGAUUUUUCCCAUCUUAAAAACGGAACUAGUUCAUUUUAAACAGUUUGCAGUGGUCCAAAGUUACUCCUCAAUUACCUUAUGCAUUCUGAGCAUCCUAAUUAUUCACCAUGACGAGUUUAUAAGUGCUUUUCACAACUCUGAGAGACCAGAACUGAGUCACGGUAAUGCUAGGCUUGUCACGAUAACACAUGUUGAAGCACGAUAUAUUAGAUUAUAACAGAAAAUGAUAAUACUGAAACUACUUUAUGCCACGGACACAAAAACAAAGCAAGAUGAUCCCAGUAAAACAUUUUUAAAUAGUCUGUAUCAUUAAAAGGUCUGAGCUGCAACAAAUUAACAGCAGAAUGAACAAAUAAUUAGUCACAGAAGUUAUGUAUUCUACUCUCUCCAGUUUAAAUCUCACCCUAUUACAAAAAAAAUAACAAAAAGCUUCCCAACUUCUGCAAAGAAAUGGUACACACGAUAAAUAUUGAGCCCCAAAAUAUAUUGUUCCAGUGAUCAUACAUUGAACGAUAAAUCAAUAUGGUUAUUAUCGUGACAGGCCUAGGUAAUGCUAACCACGCACUUCCUGAUUAUCUGACAAUACAACGUUUUAUAAUGCAGAUGCCGCACAGAAGACUUAUUCUGACUCCAAGAGCUGCUUAUACAAUAUAUCUAUACUGGUGCAAGACAAAUUUUGCUCAAUACUUGGGAAGAAAUCAGGUACAUCGCCUUUUUUUGAAUUAGUAAUUUUAACCAAUGUACAUUUUCAUUUUUUGUAGUAACAAGCGUUUUAAAGGUGCACUGUGUAACUUUUCUGGUGGAGGGUCUGCCAUUUGAUGUCUCCAUGGAAAUGUUACUGCUUUAUCUAGAAUGUUCCACAAUAUAGACUGAACCCGUAUCUAUCACGAGGAAGACAAACAGGUUACAGCAGUUCAGAUCUGUGGAGUGUUGUCCCUAUUCACAGAAGGAAUUAUUGUAUUUUUGAACAAUAGAAACAUCUGUAAUGAAUAAACACUAGAUGGAUAUGUUUAAAGUCACACCAUGGAAUAUUCUAGGCAAAGCAAAAACAUUUCCAUGGAGACGAGCAGAUGUAGGACCCUCCACCAGAAAAGUUGCACAGUGCACCUUUAAUGAUGACAAGAUGGCCGACAUGGCACAUAAUUCAGUCUUACCUCUUCGGUUACAACAGUGAAGCACAAAACGAUGCAUGGUUCUUAUAUUUAUAGAGACUUUUUAACCCGUGUUGGAUUUCUUUGGAAGGAAAUGGCUAUUUGUAAAAACUAUUUGUACUUGACAAAAUAAAAGCAUUAUUAUUGUACUACUAA